AUGUUAUUUAUCCGCUAUAGAAAGGUUAGCAGAUAUGAGGAAGCUUGGAAGAGCCCCCGAAGAACACAGGAAGAAUAUUUGAAGGCCAUCCUCGAGGUAAACAUCAACACGGAAUACGUGAAACUUUAUGGACUUGAUUCUGUGACGUCUUUGAGGGACCUUAGAGAGAAACACCCUUUGACAACUUAUGAACGUUACAGACCAUUCGUAGAUCGCAUGGCUAAAGGUGAGCAGGGUAUCAUGACAGGAGAACGAACUAUAAAAUUCGGUCUUACGUCUGGAACUACGGGAAAGUCAAAGAUGUUGCCAUAUGGUCAAUCCUUUCUGACUAUAGUAUCCGCACUUUAUGUGGUAAACAUCCAUGCCCGUGUUAAAGCAUUCGGUUAUGGUAGUCUCCUUCAACGAGAAAUAAACUUGUAUACAGCACCAAAGAGGAGAUAUACAGAGACCGGGAUUCCCAUCGGUCCUGCAUCCAUGAUACCCCUUUCGCUGAAACCUCUGCUAGUGAUCUACACCACACCAGGCGAAGGUUUCCAGGUUGAAGAUCCUAACGACGCCCUCUACGUCCACCUCCUUUUUGGCCUUCGCGACCCAAACGUCCGCUCCGUUUGCUGUAACUUUACGUCCACCGUGAUGUCUGCCUUGCAACUGAUUGAGAAACGUUGGCCCGACUUCGUUCGUGACAUCGAGAUCGGGACAGUGUCGACAAACAACGUUCCUCCAGAGAUUCACCAAGUACUUGUUAGAGAGAUGGGUGAGGGAGAUCCGGAACGUGCGGCAGAUCUGAAGAGAGAAUUCGAGAAGGGAUUUGAAGGCAUACUGAGAAGAGUAUGGCCCUGCUUGAAAUUUGUACAAGCCAGCGAUACUGUGGGUAUAAAGCAAAAACUGCUGAAAUCAUAUCUGAAAGGUGUACAAUUAUUUAGUCGUUCCCUGGGUGCUACUGAAGGUAUUAUCGGUAUCAACCUCUGGCCUCUGCAGGAGAAGGACGAGUUCGUUCUCAUGCCAUCUCUUGGUGUCUUUGAAUUCAUUCCCGAAAACGAGAUGCAUGACGAUCAGCCGAAGACACUCUUCAUUGAUGAACUCGAGGUCGGAGGCGUGUACGAGAUCCUCAUCACACAGACAUUCGGUAUUUAUCGGUUCAGAUGUGGUGACGUCAUCAGGGUUAGGCGUUAUCACUUGAAUACACCUGUAGUUGAAUUCAUGUAUAGAUCAGGCCAGAUGCUCAACGUGAAAUAUGAGAAACUUGAUCAAAGCAUUGUGAAGGAAGCCAUAGAGGCUGCAGUAAACCACUGGUCUAAUUUCAGCCUGAAUGAUUAUGCUGUAGCGGAAAGCUUUCUCUUGGAUGAUCAUGACAAAGAUGAUGCUGACCAUCGCCCAUUCUACGUGGUGUUUCUGGAGAUUUCUCCUACCCCUGAUGAAGUUUCCUCUGCUGAUAUCUCGCUCAAUAAGGUCGAUGAAGAGCUCCGUCUGCAUUCUGCCACUUACGAUAUGUUCCGAGAAGAAGGAAGCAUAGCCCCUCCUGUUGUGCACAUCGUGAAACCCGGCACAUUUGAUCGUCUGCAGGAUUUCAUCCUGGAUAACAGCACAAUGACUGCAAACCAGUACAAGGUGCCGAGAAAACUCCGUACAAAAGAAACACUACAACUCAUGCAAGGCAGGUCCAUGCACAGCAAUAAAAGUUUAUGAUGUCUUUAAAAGGUGUAAACGUCGAAACGCGUCAUAUGACGCACAUAAACCUAGGUUUGUCGACAAACCUCCUUUGUGAAUUCGGGCCAGAGUCUUUGUUUGUUUAGUUGUCUUCAUGUAGGACAACAAUUAAAAUGAGAGGAUAUUUCAGUGUUUUUAGAAAUGUUUUGUAUUUGCGCUGUAUAAGCGGAAAUAAGUUAGUUUAGCCGCAUAGGGAGCUAAACAAGUAUGACGAAUCUUUAAAUGGGUUGAAAAAUCGAUCGCGGUUUUUCUGGCUUGAAAAAGACGUCCCCGUCUUUCAGACACACAUUCGUGGGCAAAUCCCGCAUCCGGGAUUACCGCAAUGCAGCGUUCCUGCAUGCGUUCUUAGGUAAAAAAAAAAAUAGGCCGCGGCUUCUCGUGCAUGAGAAUUAAUCCAAGGCGCCUUAGUGUACAUAUACUUUGCAUUUGUGGAAUAAAGUUGAAAUUGGAAUUAAACUGAAAUUUUUAACCCCCACCAUAGCCAGUUCGAUAUUGUAGUAUAAAAAGAACAACUUUCAUGUUAUAAACGCCCUCUGUUAAUUGUGGUGAACAUUUUGUGAGGUAAGAAAUUUAAUUGUGAAGGCAGAUCAAAGAGAAUUCCUUUCAAAAAGUAAUUAGGUAUCAUUAAGUACCAUUGAGACAUUUUUGGUACUAUUUUCGGGAUGACGCAUCAUUAUUAUUAGUAGGGUACGUCAUGCCCUAUCCUAUUAAAUUUCCUAUUCAUUUCCUUUUUUUGUAACUCGAGUCCUUACAAAAUACUCAAAAGAAUCUCUGCUUUAGUAUGGUCAUGGACUUAUAUAUAACAGAUGGACAUUCGACGGGAUUCUUUCUUUGAUCCAACGAGAUCUGCCGCCUUCUGAUUAUAUGCAUCUUAGGGAUAGUUGAGUUCUG